UUUUUAUUUCCUGAAAACCCUAACCCGUCGGGUUCAAAACCCCUCAGAGAUCUCGGUCUUGAAAGUUAUAAAAACCUGAGACUUACCUGCCGGCACAACCUUGCAUCUCACGCAUCUUACCGACGACCACAAUUGUAGAUCAACCGCAAUGGAAGUAUCCUGCCAAUGCGCCCUCAUCAACUUCACCACGCCGACUGCAUCCCCUCUCUCGGUCUACCACUGCCACUGCACCCAGUGCCGCGUGCAGUCCGGCUCGGCCUACGGCACGAGCGCCAUCUUCCCUGCAGCGGGCAUUUUCCCGCUCGCACCGGACCUGUCAUCCAACCUCGGGGUAUGGACACGCAAUGCCAAAGAGGGCCGUACAAUGGACUGCUACUUUUGCAAGCGCUGCGGCACGCGCGUGAUGCACCGCAUCCGGCAGGCGGACGGCACCGAGCGAGAAACGGUUAGCAUCAAGGGCGGGUUGGUCAAGGGGUUGCAGUGGAAAGGGGCCAUGCAUAUUUACACUGAAAGCGCGGUUGUGGAUAUCCCCGAGGGCGUGAAGAGGUGGGAGAGGGAGCCGGAUGUGAUGGUUGGGAGGCCGGAGUCUAAUAAGUAAGGGGUAGACGGUCUCCUCUAUCAGCUUCGAGUUAGUUGUCUAACCUUCCUCUGCGUUUCUCAGCGUCACGAUGGAUGGCAAACCCUAUCCAUGUGCUCCGGUCACGCUAGUCAGGAUCGGGAGAUAAGAUGAAUUGGCCACCUUGGCCCGGCUCCGCAGCAUCUGGAAGUCGCCGCUACUUGCCGGAAGCAUCUUAACCGUACUGAGCCGCUAACCCACAUCCACAGACCUCCACAUGCAACAAU